UGAAUGUAAAAGGGGAGGGAAAGGGAAAAAAAACAGUGAAAGAAUGAAGAGUGCAUUUAUUAUGUGAUAAGAAGCAUCUCCACUCAAGGGUGUGUGAGAUGCGCCGGGCGAGUCUUCAGUUUAUUGGAGCUGUUCUCAACGUUGCUCGGCGUCAUUGGCCUCGGGAAUCUCCAAUGGGUGGCAGUCAGGACAAAUGUGCUCAGCAGCUGCAAGUAUUUUGUCAUUGACUCGGAGUUCUGCACACAGACCAUCUCAAAAUGUAGGAUUUCUUCAUUGUUUUUUCCCCCCUGCACUCUCUUAAAUCUCCGGAUUGGUGAUUUGUCAACGAUUGUACGGCUUUUUUUUGGUGGCAGCUUGUUUCUGCUUUUGGGAAUUGGGAUUGUUGAGCAGCGGUGAGUGAACCGCGGGCUGGAAGACACUGUUGCACCGUGGGAUUCUCGGCGCAUUCUCGCCGUAGUUUGAGCGGAGAAGACGGAAUCUGUUCUUUUUUUUGUUGCUGCUGCUGUUGUUGUUGCAGCGUACAUGUGUGUGUACAUAUUUUAUUCACUGGCUUUUUUGAGCUUCUGGGGCGUGCAGCGGUACCGCGGGAUGGUCGGAGAGGAGAAUGCACCUUCCUUAUUGCCGUCGCGACGCCCAGGCGUAGAGCUUGCGGACUUGUCUCUGUAAGUCUCUCGCUGCCUCGCAGUCUGUCUCUUCCCCCCCUUCUCACACUUGGGUCGCGCUCUCUGCGACCGAGCCGGGCACUUCCAGGACAAAUAAGCCCGUAGUUUGUCGAGAGGGGAAGGCGAGUGUUUGUGGAAGUAACUGCCUGGUGAUGAAUGUGGCUCGCUUGUGAAAGGGAGGGCUUCCCGAUAUUUAAGGAGCGAGGUUGGAGGAGAGACGCUGGAAUGAUCAGAGGUAUCGCUUACUGACAUCGGGAGCAGCGCAUCAUUUCAUCAGGCUUUUUGGCUGAAUAUCAAGCCGGAAAAUGAAAGUUCCCAUUCAGUUAAUGGUUUUCUUAUAUACAUCCACCAUUCAAAGCUUGAAGAUUGUGUCGAAACGUGGCUCAGCUGAUGGAUGUACUGACUGGUCCGUGGAUUACAAGAAGUAUCGAGUCCUUAUGGGAGAACCAGUUCGAGUGAAGUGUGCAUUAUUUUAUGGAUACAUCAGGGCCAACUACACCUUAGCUCAGAGUUCAGGACUCAGCUUGAUGUGGUACAAAAGUAACGGUCAUGGGGACUUUGAAGAGCCGAUACCAUUUGAUGGAAUUCGAAUGAGCAAAGAGGAGGACUCCAUAUGGUUUCGUCCAACAGAACUACAAGACGGUGGACUGUUUUCCUGUGUAUUGAGAAAUGCCACAUACUGUAUGAAGGUUUCAAUGUCACUGAUUGUAGCUGAAAAUGAUACAGGACUUUGUUACAAUGCAAGAAUGAAAUACUUUAAAAAAGCUGAACUCAGUAAAAACAAAGAGAUUACUUGUCCAGACAUUGAAGAUUUCAUCCUCCCAGACAGUGAGUCCGUAAUAUGGUAUAAGGAAUGCCAGUCAAAGAUCUGGCGACAAACUGUUGUCCAAAAGGGGGACACUCUUCUGCUUCGUGAGGUUACAGAGGAAGAUGUUGGGAAUUACACCUGUGAACUGAAGUUUGGGAACUUUGUGGUAAGAAGAACGACAGAGUUGUCUGUAACGGCUCCAAUAACAGACAAACCACCCAAGUUACUCUAUCCUCUCGAAAACAGGAUAAACCCUGUGGAAGCACAGCUUGGCAUCAUUGCUAAUCUCACUUGCAGAGCCUUCUUUGGCUACGGUGGAGAGGUCAGCCCCAUCAUUUACUGGAUGAAGGGAGAGAAAUUUAUUGAAGACCUUGAUGAUAACCACGCCAGCGAAAGCGAGAUGAGAAUUCUUCGGGAGCAUCUUGGGGAGAAGGAAGUUUCCAUUUCUCUACUGAUCGAUUCUGUGCAGGACGGGGACCUGGGAAACUAUUCUUGCUAUGUUGAAAAUGGGAAUGGGCGAAGACAAGCAACCAUUCUUCUUCAGAAGAGGGAGCUGAUGUACACUGUGGAACUUGCAGGAGGACUGGGUGCGAUCCUUCUACUGCUGAUCUGCUUGGUCACUGUGUACAAAUGUUAUAAGAUAGAUAUGAUGCUAUUUUAUCGCAAUCAUUUUGGAUCCGAUGACAUUGAUGCAGAGAAUAAAGACUACGAUGCAUACCUGUCAUACAGCAAAGUGGAUCCUGACCAGUGGAGUCAAGAAACUACAGAGGAAGAACGGUUUGCUCUGGAGAUUCUACCAGAUGUGUUGGAGAAACAUUAUGGGUACAAACUGUUCAUCCCCGACAGGGAUUUGAUUCCAACUGGAAUAUGGGCUGAGUCGCAAUCCUGUGCUACACAACACUCUCUGUGCCCCACUAUAAUCGGAUAUGAGAACACAUAUGUUGAAGAUGUGGCACGAUGCAUUGAUCAAAGCAAGAGACUAAUUAUCGUUCUGACCCCAAACUAUGUCAUCAGGAGAGGUUGGAGUAUCUUUGAACUGGAAAACAGACUGCGCAAUAUGUUAGUCACGGGUGAAAUUAAAGUGAUACUCAUCGAAUGCAGUGAACUACGGGGAAUUAUAAACUAUCAGGAGAUCGAGGCUCUCAAAGACACGAUCAAACUACUCACGGUGAUCAAAUGGAAUGGACCCAAGUGCAACAAACUGGAUUCCAAGUUCUGGAAACGUUUACAGUAUGAGAUGCCCUUUAAGAGGAUAGAGCCGAUCUCCAACGAGCAGGUUUUGGAUGCGAGUGAGCAGGGCCCGUUUGGGGAACUGCAGACUGUGUCUGCCAUCUCCAUGGCAGCAGCGACCUCCACUGCUCUGGCCACCGCCCAUCCGGACCUGCGCUCCACCUUCCACAACACCUACCACACGCAGAUGCGGCACAAGCAUUACUAUCGGAGCUACGAGUACGACGUACCUCCCACUAGCGGCAUCAUGCCCUUUACCUCACUGGGUAAUCAACACACAUACUGCAACAUCCCCAUGACACUCAUCAAUGGCCAGAGGCCCCACAACAAAACAAACAAGGAGCAAACUCCGGAUGAGGUUCACACAAACAGUGCAGUUUUACCACUUCUGCCAAGGGAGACCAGUGUGUCCAGUAUCAUUUGGUAACAACUAAUGGGGAAGUUUGAUCCUCAUCAGGUUACACAGUCUGGUGCCUGGGACCAUGGCCUUGACUGCUGCUGUUAUACAAAAAAGAAAUAUGAAAACACAGGGUCUUGUAGAUAAAUAAUUUGUAACAUCAGAGUCUUCCUGUUCUAUUCUUGCCUCUCACUAUUACAUUUCUGAUUGUUUUCUAUGUUCUAUGUUAUUAGAACUGAUAUUGGAAUUUUUAAGAGGACCGGCAAGCAUAUCCAUGUCACAUAAAGAAAAAAAAUAGACAUGCUUUUUUCAUUAUUGAUGUAGAUGGAAAUGGCUUGGUUUUGACAUUUUACUGGGAUGCCUUUGCAAGGUUGUGUGAUAAAAUGUGAGGUUUUUUUUUCCAGUUUUCAUUCCAGAUAAAGGGUCAUUAACUUGACACAGUCAAGUUUCCUGAAAUGUGAUUUGCUGAGGGUGUGUGCAUUAUUACAUUACUUAUUAAGUCGUAGACAUUAUAUAUCAAAGACACUGAACUCUAAAGUGUAUAUGGUAGGUGAUGUUCUUACUUCAGUAUCCGAACAGGCCAGUCUGAAGUACACCUUCAUUCACAGAUACUCACUGAAAGGACAUACUGAUAAUUAUUGCUGAUGAAAAUUUAUUAAGUAGAAGCUUAAGAGAUGAAGUAGAUAUAGUCCUAGCGCAAACCAUUGAAAGUCUCAAGAUAAUCAUAUUUUCUUAAUAAAUUCCUAUUAUACUUUCAGAUAUCUAUCAUGACUAGUGUUUAAAAAAGGAUCUACUGGCAAAAUGAGCUCAUAAUAAUGACUAACAUAGAAGACAUGAUACAACUAUUUAGGAGGAAAAUUAUGCCCUUGUACAAGAGUAAAUUAACCUUCCAAAACAUUUAUUGUGCAAAGUUACAUUGCACUUUUCACAGGAAAAUGCACUUGAUGAAAGCUUUUUAACUUCGGCAUCAGUGCUCAAUGCCCAGGAAAAAAAUGAGAAAAAGUAUAGUAAAUACCUAUUUUUUGCUUAAAAGCUUUGUCUAAAGAUGGUCAGGGCCAUUUCUACCUCUAAAAUAAUAAAUGGUAUUACAGAAGAAGAAAACUUGAUUUUUUUUUUAAUGUUUUUGCUACAGCUGUUACUGUUAAUUUUUAAGUAGUCAUAUUACUCUGAGAAUGAGAGCAACAUCUUUUUACUGUGUUUCCACACGGCAAAAUAUUUGGCCUUAGUUUUCAUUUUAUUUCUUUGUGGGUCAGUGUGAUAGUAUGUUUAAUUCCUCAAUUCACGGUAUACAUCAUUUUGUUACAUGGAGUCCACGAGCAACAUCCCACUGGCUUGUUCAGUGUUUUUAAAUUAAAACUAUUUUUUGCCAAA